AUGACUACCAGGUAUCCGCCUGGUCAAAGGGUGGAGGGGUCAGGGGAGAAAAGGGGGUGCAAAUGCACGUCUUUCGAGAGAAAUGGAACACCCAGCUGUGGUGGCAUCAGCAGGUCGACAAGAAGAGAUAUUCAGCUAUCACCCAGGUCAAGAAGCCAAGGGUGGGAGAAAGGCAGGGAAGAUUGUAAGGGCCCCUCAUCGUCAAUGUCGCACAGUACGGGGUUGAGAGAGCAUGACGCUAGCCACUCAAGGUCAAGGCAGUCUCAACUCGAGCUGUACGGGACAGAUGGAUGCCAAUCCCAUGAUCCACAGAGCUGGCUGACAGGGCUCAUUUCAAGGGUGUUGAGGAGAAGAGAUGGCGGUUGGCCCACGCUUAGCUCCGACGCCCCCACACGCGGAUGGAUCUGA